GAAAAUACCGAGAUCAUGUAUAAGCUCACAGUAGCGUUGAGCGAAAUAUACUUAACACUCACAAUAGUGAAACCUGGCAACCCUGAAAAGCUCUGAAAAGGCUGGUAAAAACAACAAAGAAUAUGGAUGCAACUUCAACAAUUACGGGCGAUGUGGACAAAACGCAGAUACCGCCGCUGAAUCAGAAGCGCAUCCUGGCCUUUGUCAAUCACUUUCUCGUCAGCACUUGCACCUUCCUGAAUGAAUUUGCCCUGGGCUGUGAGACGAAGUUUGUGGAGAUGGAGCGGCAACUUCAAAAAACGGAGGCUGCUCUCAUCAUUCUGGAGGCUAAACUGGCAUCCGUACCCACCGAACACCGUGUAGCGGACGAAGCCUCCAGGAUCCCAGUGUCAACCGAGGAACCCAACGAGCCAGCUCCAAUACCUGAGUGCAACCUGCCGUCCACGGUUGGCCAACCAGAACCGGAAGAUCCGCCUGAAUGCGUCGUAGUUCGUGCCUGCGAGGACCUGCGCUACAGGAAGUUCUUCAAAAUGGUCCAAGUGGGAGUGCCAGCGCCGGCGGUCAAGCAGAAAAUGCAGUCAGAGGGACUAGAACCUCGGCUACUAGAUACACCCAAUCUGAUCCUGGCAGAUGGGCUGCGUGAGUGAGUGACUGGUAGAAGACCAAAGCCACUUUGUGAUAUAGCAAUUUUUGCGACACUUUUCAAUAAAACAUUUUAUAAAGCUUACGUCUA